ACUCUAUAUAUACUCUUCUUGAGUACUUUAUUGCGCCAAACAAAGAUAUGAGGAUCUUCACAAAGCUCUCUGCACCACUCUCACUCUGCCUCCUUUUUGUCUUCCUCUGUCUUAAAACUGCCUUCUCAUCCUCUAUACAUGCUUCUUCCUUCUCAACAACGCAUCUCUGCUCUCAUGAGGAGGCUCUUGCUUUGCUGCAAUUCAAGACAUCCUUCUCGAUCGAUUACACUGUUUCGGACCCAAAUUAUUGUGGGGAUCAUUUUUAUUCUAAGAUUGAGUCAUGGAAGGAAGGUAUAGACUGUUGUUCCUGGGAUGGGGUUAGCUGUGAUAAUGUCAUAGGCCAUGUAAUUGCCCUUAAUCUCAGCUGCAGUUUCCUUUAUGGCACAUUUCCUUCCAACAACACUCUUUUCUUCCUCAGAAACCUACAGAGCCUCAAUCUUGCCUUGAAUGAUUUUAGGCUUUCCAAGAUUCCAUCGGAAAUCAGUCAAUUUACUAGACUAAAGCAUCUUGAUGUCUCUUCUUCUGGAUUUUCGGGCCAAGUUCCAAGGGAAAUUGCUCACCUCCCCAUGUUAGUUUCUCUCAAUCUCUCCAAUUCUGACUUGAUCCUUGAAGCAACUACCUUCAAAAAUCUUGUUCAUAACUUGAGUGAGGUGAGAGAACUUGAGCUUGGUGGAGUGGACAUGACAUCUGUUAAUCCUCGUUUCUUCAUGAAUCUCUCUUCUUCUUUGACUACUCUUGAUCUUUGGGAGAGUUGUUUAGGAGGAAACUUUCCAAACAGUAUUUUCCACUUUCCAAAUCUCAAGAAUUUUUAUUUAAGUGGAAUGCAAAACCUCACUAUUGAUCUUCCAAGUUCCAAUUGGAGCAGUCCUCUCCAACAGUUGUAUUUAGAUGAUAUGGAUUGCGGAAGGCGAUUGCCAGAGUCUGUAGGAGAUCUAAAGUCAUUACAGUCUCUGAGUCUUUUUUACUGCAACUUAGAAGGUUCCAUUCCAACUUCCAUAGGGAACUUAUCUGAACUUGCCUCUCUUGACCUUUCUAGUAAUCAGUUUUCUGGCCCCAUUCCAGCUUCCAUAGGUAACUUAAGGCAACUUACUAGCCUAAUCCUCUAUUCUAACAAUCUUAGCGGACAAAUCCCAUCAUCACUUGCAAACCUCACCCAACUUCCCUCUCUUGACCUUUCCAAUCAUCAGUUUUCUGGUCCCAUUCCAGCUUCCAUAGGUAACUUAAGGCAACUUACUAGCCUAGACCUCUCUUCUAACAAUCUUAGCAGACAAAUCCCAUCAUCACUUGCAAACCUCACCCAACUUACCUAUCUUUCCCUUUCCUAUAAUCAGUUUUCUAGUCCCAUUCCAGUUUCUAUAGGUAACUUAAGGCAACUCACUGGGCUAUACCUCUAUUCUAACAAUCUUAGUGGACAAAUCCCAUCAUCACUUGCAAACCUCACCCAACUUACCUAUCUUUCCCUUUCCUAUAAUCAGUUUUCUGGUCCCAUUCCAGCUUCUAUAGAUGAAUUAAAGCUGAUGCUAGGUGGGGCAGAGUUGAGUGGAUCAAUAGAGGAGGAAGAGCAAGAUAUGAUUGGAAGUGUAUUAGAGAUGAAGGAUGCUCAUGUUAGAGAGAUAUUAGCUGCAAAUGCCCAAAAGCUUAAUGCUGUUCGUUUUGAGCAGAUAAACAAUGGGGAAGCAAUGUCAGAGGCCAAAGAUGUAACUCGAUUGAUUCCCAAAAUCAUGAAGAGGAAAGGGAACGGUGACAAAUUGGAUAACAUUACCUAUGUUGAGAAUGCAUUUCAAAAGAGACAAGAGAAUCGCCUUUCUGAUCGCUAUCAUGAGUACAGGCUUCUUACUGAGAUCACUCCAAAAAGUAUAGCUGUUCACAAUCCCACAGAGGAUAUGAUUGAAACUGCAUUAGAGAUAAAGGAUACUCAUGUUAGAGAGGCCAUCACACCCCUUGUUAAUGUGGUUGCAAUUGAUGCAAGUGCAACUCUUGUUGAUUUUCACCAUCUGUGGGUGACUCACCAAUAUUCAAGGUAGGGAAUUGGCAAUUCAUCUCCAAGGCUUUAUCUCCUUCAAGAAACUUGUUAAAAGAUUUCUAUUUACAUGGUACCAGUUUUUGAGCAGCGUGUUGACAAUAUAGUUGGCAUUGCAUAUGCAAUGGAUCUACUUGAUUUUGUUCGGAAGGUCAGGCAAUUUCUUCCUUUGACACACCCUUUUUUCCAUCAUUAGAACUCUUCUUAUCAAUUAUAUGCAACAAUGUCAAUGUCAUAGCGUGCAGAUUUGUAAUCAC